AAUCCCCCAAAAGGGCUGAAAAAAAUAGAAAAAUUCAGAAAAAGGGUCGCGCAGUUGCUAUCCUCUUGGUUCCCAGACUGCAGCUCUUUUUACACCGUACCUCUAUCUGUCUCCCUCUCUCUAAACACUCCAGAAAUCCUUUCAUUCUCUCUCUAAGAUUACUCAAUUCUCCAUCUUCAUCGUCCUCUCUCCACUGGAAACACGAUAUUGGAGCAAGUAUAGUUAGAGUCGGUAUGAUAUACAUACAUGUAGUGAUAUAUAUCGAUACGGAUACAUAUAGACGAGAAUACCCUUUUGAAUCCUUACAGCCCAAGCACUUGGAAACAAAUCCAUGGCGUCGUAUCAGGAAGCUUCUCACUCGGAGCCCGCAAAAAUGGAACAGAUAAUUACUGAAUUCUUCGCAAAAGGCCUUCACAUAAUUCUUGAAUCUCGGUGUCCUUAUGUUUCUUCCCGUAAUUAUAGCUGUGAACAGGUUUUAUCGUCCCCAUCCCCCUCCUCAUCCUCGUCUUCCUCCUCAAGUUUUUGGCCGAGGGAUAAGUGGUUUAAUCUAUCUCUUAGGGAUUGCCCUGCUGCGUUAGAAAACAUUGACCUGUGGCGGCAGAGUAAUUUAGAACCGAUGAUAAUUGAUGUGAUUUUGGUUCAGAGGCCAGUCAACAAUGACCAGAUAAUCUCUUCCUCAAAAAGUGGACACGCAAGGAAUUUCUCUGGGAAGGAGAGGGUCUAUUAUAGUUCUGACAAUGAGGAAUUUGGCAGUGACACAAAGAGGGAAAAGAUUAUCGAGAGGUGGGUUUUACAGUAUGAGAGUAAGAGAAGUGGUGUUUCGUCAGGGAGUAAAAGGUCAACUUGUUAUUCUCACAUAUUGUUUAACAAAUUGAUAUUGUUAAUGAGGUCCUUGUAUGCAACAGUUAGGCUUUUGCCUGCUUAUAAGUUGUUUCGUGAUCUUAAUUCAUCUGCUCAAAUUCGAAGGUAUAAUCUUGGUCACCGAGUUUCUUCCUUUGUUGAGCCAUUCACUCGUAUAGAAGAGGCAGAUAUGCAGCGGUUUGUGUUUACUCCAGUUGACACUUCUUGCGGUAGGCUUUGCCUCUCUGUCUUGUAUCAUUCAUCAGUAUUGGAUGUGAGUUCUGAGCCAUCAACCCCAAUAUCCCCACAAGUUAUACAAGAAUAUGUUGGAAGUCCAUUGGCAGAGCCACUGAGAAAGUUUUCAUCCCGUCCUAUGUCUCAAAUGUCCCCGGCUUCAGCUCCAUUUGGGAGGCGCCAUAGCUGGGGCUAUGAUUUGUAUAGAGCAUCAUCACCUUUACUAAACCCAUCACCCUCACCCACGUAUUCUGAAUCUUAUGCUUCAGUAUCAAAACAGCGUUCCCGUCUUCCUCCUGCAAGUUUACCUCGUCAAUUAUCUGAGAAUACACCUGCAAUUCAUGUGAAAAAUCCAAGUUUUGAUGAGUAUUGGCCUUCUCCUACAUUUACGCCAUCUCCGUCUGCAUCACCACCCAUCUACAUUCCUGGCAGUCACGUCUCAAAUGUUCUUUUACGGUCUGAAAGUGCCCCUGUUAGUAUACCGAUAUCUAGUCGGGCUGGUAUCUCUUCAUUACCCAACAAUCAAAUGUUGCCUCCCUCACCUCCCAUGAAAGCUACACGAUCCAGUGUUGUUAAGACAGAUGCACGUUCUGGCCUGUACAAGACCAGCUCAACAGCUGACAAGUUGCUCUCUUUCGAGAAAGAUGAGGUUGGAAGAAUGUCCAGGGUGGAAUCUUCAUCAAAUAUCUCGCCACCUAAAUCAUUCUCUAGAAGCUCCAGUAGGUUCUCUUAUCAGGAUGAUUAUGAUGAUUCUGAGUUUUCUGGACCGUUUGUUGUGGAUGAUGAUGACAUGACAGAUCUAGGUACCAGACCUGGUUCAUUUGAUCAGCCGGGGCACCCAUCCGGAUCCCGUGAGAAGGGCAGCCUUUUUCCAGUUAGAAAAUCUCAACAUGCAGCAGUUGGUACUCUAGUUCAAAUGUUGAAGAAGGCACCAUCUCUUCACCAAGACAUCUCUGUUACAUCGAAUUUGUUGCAAGGCUCCAAACAUGAGAUGCCGAAAAACAGCAAUCAGGAUCCUGAUGAAAUUUCUUCGACACCAAGGGAACAGCAGUCAACUUCUGUGAAUUUUGCUUCUUCUGGACUCGUUUCACCCAAGACUACGGCUGAUGCUCUAGAGGAACUUUGUGAAUAUAAAGAAAUGAAAAACUCGAUGCUAAAGCAAGGUAAAAGUCCUCAAGCUUAAGCAGCUUCUGCUCCUCCCUUGAAGGAUUUUCCUGCGAAGAUAAUAUAGGAUUUUGAAUUUAUCUUGCUAUAUCUUGAAAAUUUGCGAGGAAAAUUUUUCAGGGGUUGAGGUUCCAUUCCAUAUUGCUUGAGAAGCAGUUGAUGUGGACCAAUUUCUUUCUGUACAUAUUUUUGAGCCAAUGCAUUAUGAUUCUGACACGAGGCCUAUCUAGUAUGUAAAUAUAACGGUUCACGUGUCUACAAAACUGGAUAUUUAAAUCGAAUUCAUUAUGGUGUUUUAGUUGUAUAGAACUUUCAAAAAUCUAAAGUUGGUUAAUGGAUAUGUAAUGCUUGGAAUUGAUGUACAAAGUUGUAUACUUACAUAUGUAUAAAGAUUAUUGAGGCUGGAUGUGCAUUUUAUGAUA